ACUGUUUAGCUUAGUAAAUCAAGGAAUGAUUAUUAAAAAGCUACAGAACCGUGGGCUUGGAUGUACACCUAAAUUAGACUUGAGUAACAUAUUGGAAUCAUUUGAAUGUUUACAUACAGAUGAAUACCUGGGUGAAGACGAUGGGGCUUUGGUUCCCCCUCUUGCAUGUGAGUUCUGUAAAGUGAAAUCAAGAGGACAUAUUCUGGCUGUAGUUGAUGAAAAUGGCUUCAUUGUUAUUUACAAUACAAGGAAAACUGGGCAGACGGCCAUUGUAGAUGAUUGGCAGGCUCAUAAUAAUGCAGUGUUUGACAUGACCUGGGUUGAAAAUGAGGAGAAGAUUCUGACGGCCUCCGGUGACCAGACAGUGGUAUUAUGGGAUGUAGAGAAGCAGGAGAAAAUCGACACAUUCCGCGGCCACACUAGCUCUGUACGAUCAGUUUGUGCACAGCUUGGAAGCAGUGCUGUUUUUGCCACUGGUUCAAGAGAUGGUCAUAUCAUGAUAUGGGAUGCGAGAUGUAAUAAAAAAGAUGGCCAUAUUUCUCCUGUAAACAUCAUCAGAAAUGCCCAUUCAGUUUCCCUACAGUCUGGGUGCAAGUCUCGAUAUAAAAAGCUUGGACCAUCCAGGGAUAGCCAGAUGUCUGUGACCGCAGUGCUUUUUCAGACAGACACAAAUCUCUUCUCUGCUGGAACUGCAGAUGGAUGCAUUAAGCAGUGGGAUUUGAGGAAAAACUUUUCUAUUUCAACCUCUGAGGCUUUGCCAAAGGGAACUCUAGCCUAUCCAGGCCUCUCCAAGAGAAGUCAUGGGUAUUCCAAUUUAGUGUUUGAUUCAACUUCUAGUCAACUCUUUGCCAAUUGCAGAGAUGAUGUCAUCUAUCAAUAUGAUGUCAUCAACUUAAAUCCAAAACCAGUACACUGUUACAGAGGGCAUCAGAAUGGCUCCUUCUUCAUCAAAGCCUGCCUUAGUCCAGAUGACGAAUAUCUCCUCACAGGGUCCUCUGAUGAAAUGGCAUAUAUCUAUAAGAUUGGGAGUCCUAAGCAGAGUCCAAUUGUUCUAAAAGGCCACAGAUUGGAAGUGUCAGAUGUUAAAUGGUGUCCAACAGAAUUCUCAAAGAUAACCACACUCUCUGAUGACAACACUAUGAGGAUUUGGCGCCUCCAUCGUAGACCAUGGCCUGCAGAUCCUGGGGAAGUUACAGGAACUGCAGAAAGAACCCACAGGGAAAUAGGUGUAUCAGCUGAUGAUCUGGAACAGAGAAUUGCAGAGAAGAUGGACCAAACAUUGAUCUCAAAUGUAAAAACACCUGUCACAAGUGAUUCUGCUAUCACCCCAAUGAUUUCACCCUCCAUUAAAACUUGGCUAUCUAGGAGUAAUCGAAAGACACAAGCCAGUAAAACUCAAGGUCAUAAAGCAUCUGGUUUAAAGGACUCCGAAAAAGAUGUGUUCAAGAAUGGUGAUGAAAACACUGAGCAUAGUAAGAAGUCAAUAUUCCAAGGAAACCGACUACCAUGCAAGAGAAAAUUGAUCGAUGACGAUGGUGAGGAUAGCGGGUCAUUUGAGAGAUUCACUAAGAGGCAGAGAUUACAAGACAGUCCUAGGAAAGUAACAGAGAUUAGGAGCCCUAGAAAACUGGAAAUCAAGCAGAGUCCUAGGAAGGCAGAUCACGCACGGCAAGUUUUCUGUGACUUUUCUAUCCUGAAGGACAAAAAUGCUAGUGCUGUAAGUGAGGGUUCACGACUGUUACAGAGGAGUCCAUUGGCCACCAGACCAGCUCCAUUGAUGAGAAACACUGUUGUUGAGGCACAACUCUCAAAAGAUGUGGGAUCUGUUUUGUCACCAACUGUGAAUUUACCCAACUUAGUGAAAGAAGGUAGUGUUAACAAGGUUAAUAUUUUCUAUAAGCAAAGUGAUAAAGAGAACAGUCCUCAGAAACUCGAUUGGUUGUCACAGAUAAGGCAGCAGAAGAUGGGUAGUAAUGGUGAAACACUUAAAGGAUCACCGAGGAGAGCUUUAUUUGAGAAAAUAUCAGAAUCACCAAGGUCCAAAAGUUCCCAGUCUUCAGCUUCUUCCUCUCAGAGCAGCAGUCAGGAGGAAAUUAGGUCACCUGUGGCAAAGGGAAUGAAGCCACUUCAUGCUUACUUCAAAAGAAAGGAAAACCAAUAAAAUGUUUAUUCUUGUUUUUCAAUGAAAUCAGAUUCUAUUUUUUUACUACUGUUUAUUUUAAGAAUUGUGCAAUAAAAUAUA